AAAACACUAGUAGAAGAAGAAGAAGAAGACUUGUCCUCAUCCGCUGGUGUAUCAGACGUGUGCUUGCUAAAAAAUGGCCGCGGAGCAGCAGAAUGAGGUGAAAAUGCCACAAAUGGAGGAAAAUAAAGAGAACAGCAUCGACGAGAGUCUUGGCCUGGAGAUCCUACAGAUCAUUAAGGACUCUCAGCAGCAGCAUGGACUCAGACAUGGGGAUUACCAGCGCUAUAGGGGUUAUUGCUCCAGACGAUUGCGUCGAUUGAGAAAGACUCUCAGCUUUAAAAUGGGCAACAGACACAAGUUUACUGGGAAGAAAGUGACUGUGGAGUUGCUUUCAGACAACAGACAUCUGUUAUUAGUGUUAAUGGAAGCAGAAAGAGCAUGGAGUUAUGCCAUGCAGCUUAAACAGGAAGCUAACACUGAGCCCCGAAAGCGUUUCCACCUGUUGGCUCGCCUGCGAAAGGCAGCCAAACAUGGGGAGCAGCUAGAGAAGUUGUGUGAGAGUCCCCGUGUGGAUGCCAAGACCAAACUAGAAGCUCAGGCAUACACUGCUUAUCUGAAUGGCAUGGUUCAGUUUGAACUACAGGAAUGGAAAUCCGCAAUGGAGUCCUUUAACAAGUGCAAGACCAUCUAUGAGAAACUGGCAAGUGCUUUUACUGAGGAACAAGCAGUGCUUUAUCAUCAGAGAGUGGAAGAGAUUUCACCUAACAUCCGAUACUGUGCAUAUAACAUUGGUGACCAGAAUGCUAUAAACGACCUCAUGCAGAUGAGACUGAGUGCAGGAGGAGGGGGAGGCAUGAUGGCUGAAAAAUUGGAGGCGCUGAUUACUCAGACAAGAGCUAAGCAGGCAGCUGUGAUGAGUGAGGUUGAGUGGAGAGGUCGUACAGUGCCUGUCAAAAUUGACAAAGCUAGAAUCUUCCUGCUGGGUCUGGCAGACAAUGAAGCUGCUAUUAUACAGGCAGAUAAUGAGGAGACAAAGGAGCGCCUCUAUGAGAGCCUGCUGGCAGAGUGUAGAGACACCAUCCAAGCUGUCAGAGAGGAGCUCAGGACUGAUGUGAAGCAAAGAGAGAGAGCAGCAGAAGGUGCUGAUAGUGGCAAGGUGUCUAAUCUGCAAUACCUGCACAGCUACCUGACAUAUAUCAAGCUGUGGACUGUGGUGAGGAGGAAUGAGAGCAUGGCUCAUGCGCUGCAAGCUAAACUGAAGGAGCCACAGACUGAUGAGAACAAGAGAGGACCACGACCGCAGGACCUCAUUCGACUCUAUGACAUCAUCCUGCAGAGUCUUGCUGAGCUGUCAUCACUGCAGGGUCUAGAGGAGGACCACACCUUCCAGAAAGAAGUAGCACUUAAGACUCUGGUCUACAAAGCUUACAGGUGUUUCUAUAUAGCUCAGUCCUAUGUUCUGGUGAAGAAAUGGAGUGAAGCUCUGGUUCUGUAUGAAAGGGUUCUGAAAUAUACGAGAGAGGUCCAGUCCAAAGCCAAGAGCUUCAAUAACAGCCUUAAGGAUCUUCCUGAUGUCCAGGAGCUGAUUGCUGAGGUCAGUGCUGAAAAGUACUCCCUCCAAGCUGCAGCCAUCUUAGACACAGAGGAUAUUGCUGAGGUGCCCCCACAGCAGCAGAUUAAAGACACCACGCCUCUGUCUGAUCGUUUGGAUAACUUCCGGCUAGACCCUACCCUCUUGAGCAAGCAGCCCAAUCUGGUGCAGUUCCCUCCAGAUUUCCAGCCAAUUCCGUGCAAGCCUCUCUUCUUUGACCUGGCUCUCAACCAUGUGGCUUUUCCACCUCUUGAUGACAAGGUGGAGCAGAAGGGCAAGGGUGGCAUCACUGGCUACUUUAGAGGCUUCUUUGGCUUUGGAAGCUAAAUCUGGCCUGUUUGGCUCCAUUUGAAGUCAUCUGAAUAUAAAUAUCUUAAGACCAAGAGUUAUGGAUCCUUACACAAUUAAAAGGAUAGUUCACCCAAAAAUGAAAAUUCUGUCAUUAAUUACUCACCCUCAUGUUGUUCCAAACCCAUAAGACCUCCGUUCAUCUUCGGAACACAAAUUAAGAUAUUUUUGAUGGAAUCCGAGAGCUCUCUUACCCUCCCAUAGACAGCAGACCUUGAUCGUGGUAGUACCCUUGCUGUCUAUGGGAGGGUCAGAGAGCUAUGGUGAUGCAUAAAAAAAUCUUAAUUUGUGGUCCGAAGAUUAACGGAGGUCUUGCGGGUUUGGAACGACAUGAGGGUGAGUAAUUAAUGGCAGCAUUUUCAUUUUUGGGUGAACUUACCCUUUAAACCAUUUUUCCAAAACAUGCCAUAAUAGGUUUAAGAGGUGUAAGUGAAGCCUGUUUGGUAGUGAAUUCAUACUAACUUUUUUGGUUAUAUAAAUACUGCCAAGUAUAUUAAUCAAUGGUAAUGCUUCAUGCCAUGACACCAUCUAUCAUACAGAGUUUUAGUCCAUCUUUAUUUGAUUAGAUUUUUUUUACUUAGAUGCUUUUGUUUGCUUAGAUCUCAAUCUGCCUAGCACAUUACAGAAGUGUGCUUAUUGUUUCACUUAAGAUUUCUAUAAUUAACACCGCUAAGGAUCUAAAAUAUUUGUUCUCACUUUGAGGUUUAGUGGUCAGCCAUUCACGUCAGUCAUUAUGAUGAUAUGAUGAAUGCAAUGUUUAUUCUAUUAGAGGACGUUAUGGUCACUUCAACAAUCAACUGUGACAAAACAGGAAUUACCCUCAUCAUUAGAUGUAUAGAUAAGUUGAAGGACUAUAGGAUAUGUCAUCUUGCAUGUACCUUAGAAAUAUAUACUGGCAUAAUUUUGUUUAAAAAUCAUAUGACAUAUUUUAAACUAUCAUCUUAAUACAAAGCCAUAAAGAGAAAUCAACAAAUUUGCUAGUGUUUUAUUUGUGAUUGUUUUCUAAUAUAAUUUGCUAACUUUUGUUCUAAAGAUUCCCUUUUGUUCUAACUAAUUGCUUUCAACUUGCAGAUGAGUUUUUGCAAAAAAAAAAAAAAAAUCCUUUUGUCAGUUUUGUGAGCAAAUGUUGGUGAGAAUUAAUUUAAUCUUCAAUAAACAGACAUUAAUCCAUGAUGAUGAUCCUGUUAAAUGGAUAAGAUAUUAUAAAUGAUGAAACUGAAUGAUUUUAGUUUGAAGUCUCUUGAUUUAACAAUAAAAAGUCAAUAAGU